GCAGUGGCUGGAUUGCUGACACAGCAGAGGGGUUCAAAAUAUCUGGCAAUUCCCACCUGCAAUAUUGAGGAUUUUUAAAGCCAUAUGUAAAAGUUCCGCCCCCCCACCCUUUAUAGGCCAAGUUAACCCAGCAACUCCCCGAUUGGGGGAAAUAAAAUUUAAACUCUAGAGAUAAAUGGACUAAUUUGCUAUGAUGCAGAUCAUUCCAUGGCUAGUCUGUCCCCUGGGGCUGGCGACAAUUGCUAAAAUCUAUGACUGGUGGUAAUAGUCAGUGAGGAAAGCCACAAAGCUCUAUGCUGUCAUGGAUGCUGUUUAUGGGAUACAACAGAGAGGAUGGGAUGGUUAAUAUCAUCUGUUCCCUGGGAAAAGGAAAUGUUUUAAGUGUUGCUGUGUGAAGUCUGCCCUCCCCAGGCUAAAAACUGAGCUUUCUGAAAGGCAAAUGAAUGGUCCCCCUAACCAUGCAGAGAGAGAUUCCAUCGAAGCCAAGAGGGAGCCGUGACAUGGACCCUAGACCCAAAUGUAACAGCAGGACCUAAUACUGGAGCUCAGAAGGAAGCAGGAGAAACACAGAGGAGCAAGGCGAAAGCGGCAAAAGGGGCAGCAGAAUCGAAAGAGGGAGCCCUGCAGGGCAUGGCAAGGCACCUGGGGCUGCAGGGUCCACAAGGUGCACAAGAGAGAGGCUCAGAGAGCUGGGAAGCAGACAGGAAGGAGAGAAGCAGAAACACGAGGACAUGAAGGAAAACCUAUGUCCAAAACAACUGGAAAAAGAAAGGCUGCUGGGGGCAAAGAUUUGGAGCCACUGGCUCUCCACCGUGACCUCUUGGGAAGGCCUCUGUGCCCAAUUUUGGAUGGCUGUACUUGCUUCAAUUCAUCUGUGGCUACACCUCAAUCUCCUGGGAAUGAUUCAGUUCUCUCAAAGAAACAUCAAGGAAAGAGCUUCCCCUUCUCCACUCCCUACCUCUCUUCUACAAGGGAGGAAGAGAAGUAGCUUCUCUGCAGGUGAAGAAACUAAAACCUUGAAGUCAAGAGACCUUCCCAAAGUUCACACUGCCAGAAAGCACAACCAGACCUUCUCACACUGCCACAAUGAACAGAAAGGGUAUGCACACGGUUGGUUAGAGCCCUCCCAGGAUCCCUCCAACUUACCCUCCCACUGCCAGGCAGUUCUUGGCACUGGCACCUGCAAUUCCAUCAUUAAGUAUACUGUUGGUCAUAAAGAUUUGUCCCCAGUUAAACUUCGCAAUAAAAAUGGAUGUGUGCAUUUGCUGCCUAUCACUGUCAUAGAAAUGGUAAGUUUCAGAACCCUCCAGGCAACUUAGCUGAGCUCUGCCCUUUAUUAAAGAUGAUGCCUAAUUAAGAGGAAAUUCUGCUGAGGAAGGGGUAGUGUGCUACAGAACACACUAGAACUCUGGCACAGUGGAGAAAGGGCAGUGAGCAGGGGAGUACGAAAAAAGGACCGGCUGAAAGACAGGGGAGCCGAUGCCUAUGUUCUCACAGCUUUAUGAUUUUGCCUAGAGCCGAUCUUUAAUGCACACAUAGCAUUUUGAAAUGUAUGGAAAAUCAGGUUCACGCUGCUUAGCCCAAAUAUUAAGGUCCCCACCCACCACCCAGCCUCAUCUAACCUGCUUCCUAUCUCCUAUGCACAUUAUAAGAAUCCUCCAUACUAAUGAAAUAGAUGAUUUUUCAAUCUCUGCAAAAUUGCUUCAAUUAUUUCAGCCUGUGUGUCUGAAAUGUUACCACCCUCCACUGCAGGUUCUCGGUUACCCCUCAACCCAGCAUCCAGUUUUGCUUCUAUAAACUAGUCUUUAAACCCUGUCCCAACAAGCAAGGAUCUGUCUGCUGCCCUCAACUCUCGGAGCACUCAGCUGCGAUCCUGCUCCAACACUAGCCCUCCUGGCCUGAGUCACCAGUGAAACAAACAGGAAAUGCUAUCACCUGAUGACCAUUCAGCACUGAAGCGCUCCAUGGUACAUCCAUGUAUGUCUUGUCCCUGCAUAUGAUCAAUAUGCUAGAAAGUUAAAAAGAUUUUGAUUUUUUUUUUUUGCACCCCCCCUUUCAUAGAUAAAAAUAGAGGUUCUGGGAAGAUACGUGAAUUCCUGGCCUGUGUGUGGAAGAUACUGUCGUUUUUUGUCGAACCGUAAGAAGGCUGUGUCAGCCCUCCAGCAAUCUCACUAUUCCCCUGUGGUUGCAAAGACAGCUGAAUAAAUCAUUCAUACAUUUCAGUCCUCUUGGAGUCUGCCUUUCAGUCCUGCUAUUUUCCUCCUCUUGUUACACGCUUCAGAAAGAAGGUGGCUCUAAACUGAACUCUGACUUUGAAUUCUUUUGUACAUUAACUUAUUCAAACGAUUGAAAGUAGAUUGUUUACAAAAAUGGAUACAAUAGAAAUGUGAAAGGUCAGGUCCAAGAAAAAAAUAGAAGAAAAAUAAAAGUGAAGGUCAAGACCAGGUGAA